CUUCUGUAAAUAAUUUUGCUCGCGUUGAAUUGUGGUGAUCAAUCAGUUGCUAUUGAAAAAUCAUAGGGUUUGGACUCGUGAUGCUGUUUUGGGUCUGAAACAAAUCCGAUAUUCUCGUUUAAAAAAGCAUCGAUACAAGAGUGUGUGUGUGUAUUUUUUUGGCGCAAUUUGGAUAGUUGAAUAGUUUUUGGUGACAUUGAUGCCUUUUCGGUGGUAAAACAUUGAAAAUCAUUAAAUUUGUGAAGGUGAUUAUGUGUGUGAUAAAAAUUUAAAAAAAAAAAAAAAAAAAUUCAUCGCUUAAAUUGUGCGUAGGUGUAUUGAUGAGUUAUCGAUUUCUCUGCAAAGAUUGUGAACGAAAAAAAUACGUGCAUACGUAAAACGCGCUCAACCAUCUGAGUCUGGCCAGCCACUGAUUAAUGAUAACAGACGCUCAACGGCAGCGGCAGCAACAGCACCAUCAACGUAUGGAUUUGGAUUGGAAAACACGAAAAAGGCAUUAUUGUUAAUGGAUGUGAGCUGCACACAAUUGCACACAUGCUAAAUGAUGCUGACAUGGCUUUUCAAUCCAAUUUCAAUAUUCAUUCUUAUCGCAUCAUCAUGCGCGAUUUGGUUGCCAUUCUCUGAAGCAAAUAUUUUGCAUUCGGUGCUUGGAUUGCCCAGCGAAUGUACACACAACAAUGUGAUUCGAUCGUGUACAUUGUCGUUUUCAUGUUGGAUUCAAGGUGGCCGCCAUGCUGAAGGUUGUGGUGAAAAUAAAUGGCUUUUUUCAUGCUGCAUUUCCGAAAAUGAAAUGGAAUUUAGCUCAGCGAUUGGCAUGAAAGCACCAAUCAAAUCAAAUUACUUUGAAAAUGAGUUGCCAACACGUUUUAAUAUGGCUAAAAUAAAAACACAAAUAAUGCCUACAUCAAAUUUUAAACAUAACAUGCUGCGACGACGCAUGGAUGAUGAUGGAAUGAAUCAAUUCGAAUGUGGUGUCCCAAGAACAGCUCAAAAUACAAUUCAAAAGCGUAUCAUUGGGGGUCGAGUCGCCGGAUUUGCUGCUCUUCCAUGGCAAGCGCAUAUUCGCAUUGCUGAGUAUCAGUGCGGAGGUGUUUUAGUAUCGCGGCAUUUCGUUAUUACCGCAGCACAUUGCAUCGAACAAGCUCGAAUGAAAGAUAUUAUUGUCUAUUUGGGUGAACUGGAUACACAAGAUUCGGGUAAAGUGCACGAACCAAUGCCAGCUGAAAAGCACUACGUCAAUCGAAAAAUUAUUCAUCCCAAUUUUAAAUUUCGUAUAGCGCAACCAGAUCGCUAUGAUUUGGCAUUGUUACAGUUAGCAAUUCCGACAUUUUUCACAAAUCACAUCUUACCAAUUUGUUUACCGACAACAAAUAUUGAUCUCACUGGACGACAUGGGGUUAUAGCAGGAUGGGGUAAAACGUCAUCAGAUUUAUCAUCGGGACACACUGGAACAGGAAUCCUACAAACGGCUUCCGUGCCAAUAAUAAGUGCAACGGAAUGUAUCAAAUGGCAUAAGAAGAAGAAUAUCUUUGUUGAAUUGUACGAGGAGAUGUUUUGUGCUGGUUAUUCUGAUGGGAAGCAAGAUGCUUGUUUAGGUGACAGCGGAGGAGGAUUGUAUCUAUUCGAAAAUGGAAAAUUCACUUUGGUCGGUAUUACAAGUGCCGGAUUUGGAUGCGGCGUUGAUCAUCAACCAGGCAUUUAUCACAAUGUUCAAAUGACCACCAAAUGGAUUCAAAACGUUUUAAAUCGAUAUUAUUGAAUUCAUUGUCAAAUAACCCUUCACAUUAUAUUUAACAACCAUAAAUACGUUUCCUCCAUUUUUGUUAUUUAUUUUUUCUUGAUAACCCUCUGAUUUUUCAUCCAUUAGUA